AUGAAGGCCAUGAAGGGGCUUAGUGUGAACCGGAUGAUGAGUACGCUCAAGAAGCGCACGACGAACAACCCGCAGAACGAGACGCCCGAAGCUACCGCUGCUCGUAGCGUGAAACAAUUCUGCGAAUCUGGAGGCCCCAAUGCUCAGGGCGAUGAAGUCCUCUACCUCCCGCCCAUUGUCGAUGCCGCUGAGUCUUCUCCGGCCGCCGCCGCCGAAUGCGCGCGCAUCAUCCGGAAAUACCUAGCCAAAGACAACCACGCCAAAGCCUCGUGGCAGUACAAUGCCAUCAUGCUGAUUCGCAUCCUUACCGACAAUCCCGGCCCUACGUUCACGCGGAAUAUGGACAAGAAGUUCGCCGAUACCGUCAAGGAGUUAUACCGUACUACGCACGAUCCCAGUGUCAGGCAGAUGCUGUCCGAGACCUUGGAUACCUUCGAGGCUACCAAGUUUGACGACCAGGGCCUGGGCGAGUUGAUCUCCAUGUGGAAGAAGGAGAAGGAACGAAGCUACAAGCAAUAUGGCAACCCCAGACAGUCCAUGGCUGGACCCGAUCCUCGAACCAUGAAUGCGCCGCCGUUCAAUCCCCACUCGCAGAACUACUUUGCAAGGAAUCACACCAAUCGAAGCUUGCCCACUCCUGCUGAGCUUGCGAGCAGGUUAGAGGAGGCGAGAACAUCUGCGAAGCUACUCUCUCAAGUUGUCGUCAACACUCCUCCCCAGGAGGUCAUCAAUAAUGACCUGAUCAAAGAGUUCGCAGACAGAUGCCAGAGUGCUUCCAGAAGUAUACAACUUUACAUGACUGCUGAAAACCCGUCUCCUGACAAUGAGACUAUGGAGCACCUGAUUGAUACGAAUGAGCAACUUCAGUCGGCUCUCAAUCAGCACCAGAGAGCCGUUCUCGGCGCUCGGAAGCAGCUCGGAAUCGACCCGAGGUCAGAUAAUGCCAGUUCCGUGAGCCCCCAGACGGCCGAGAAUCAGCAAGCGAGUCGGACCCAAGAAUGGGCGCAUGCCCAGGCCCAGGCCCAGUCGUCAUCUUCUAGCUCGACUCCUCCUCUGCCGACAAGGCCAUCCGAAGGAAGCGGAAAGGGCAAGGCAUCAGAAUCCUUCGCACCACCCCCGGGACCGCCCCCGAAAGCCCAACCGCAAUAUGGAGCCGAGGACCCUUUCAGGGACCCUCAACCGGAGAACCACUACUCUUCAUCGAGCAGACCCGGGGGAUCCGGUGGUGCGGUGGAACUACCGGGUGAGGAGCCGCGUCUGGCCCAUGAGCCAUUCCACCCAGGCUUCAACCCCACUCCAAGUUACCUUGGAAGACAAGACAGCGCUCUUGGCAAAAUCACGAUGCAUGGCGCCGAUGAAGCCACUACGCCCGGACCCCUCAGCGGCAACCCAAUUCAGACUGUCGAUCUCAGGAACCGACAAGAGACACUGCAUGAGGACUCGGAUGAUGAUCUUUACGAAUCAACCCCGAAGAGUUCCAAGAAGAAGGAGCCGGUGUACAGGUACUAA